AUGUUGUUGGCAAAAGCUUGGCUACAAAUUUCAGAAGAUAGCAUUACUGGAAGUCAACAACGUGAUAAAGAGUUCUGGAGACGAAUUAUUGCAUACUAUGAAAAAAGCAACACGUCGAACGUUGCAAGAACUCAAGCCAACCUCAAAACGCAUUGGCAUUACAUGAACCCAUUUGCAGUUGCAUUUAAUCAAAUGAAUGCAGCAAAAAAAGCAGCAAAAGGGAAAGUUACCAAUUCCACUUCGUCAUCUGGUAAUAGGCUUGAUGAAAUACUUGAAAAACAUAUAGAAGAAAAUAAAAAGACUUUUGAACGCUAUCAAAACUCUUUGGAUAUGAAAAAUGCAUUGAAAGAAAGAAAGAUGAAGAUUAAAGAAGAAAAGGUAAAGAAUGAUGAAAUUUCAAUCAUUUUCAUGGAUCCCACUACCAUGUCGGAAGAUGGACGUGAAAUUUGGAGAAAUCGUUGUGACGAGAUUAAGAUAAAAUACAAUAUGAAGUAA